AUGACCGGGUACGAUGGACUUCCUCCAUGGUCUAUUGACAGCUUCGACACUCCAGUCGAGCGCUUUAGUGCGCAUUAUGCAACUAGCCGAUCACAUUGCAUGACAUCGGCUGCACUGGCCAACUUGAGACAAGCAGAUGAUGAAUCUCUCCAGAAAUUAUGGGAUAGGUUUGGAGGCAUUGUCAUCCAAAUCCAUAAUCUCAACCCAGAGGUAGCAUUACACUUCAUUCUCCUCGCUUUACAGCCUAGCAAGUUUACGGACAGUCUAUGCAAAAAAACUCCUAGUAGCAUGGACGAGUUGUACGAACGAGCCAAAGGCUACAUCCAGAUGGAAGAAAUAUCUUGA